AAAGACAAUCAUUGCACUUCAUCUUGACCAAUGUGGUGCACUCGGUGGUUUCUGCCCUUGUUGAUUCUCCCUCUUCCGACGGCUCCUCCCUACUUUCUGAUCCUCUUCCUUGUUGCUUUGUUCAUCCAAGCUAGACCUUGUUUCUACUGCAUCGUACUGCUUGGAACUCUGUUCUUCUCCUCCUGUAAUUGGCAUCCGUUCCCCCUCGAGGCGCCACUGUCCACUCCCUGGGCAGACGACAUCACGACUUUCGGCGCAGCGCUCAACUUCUCAUUGCCCAGCGGGAUCCAGGCUCCUUUACCUCCCGUGAUAAGUCUGUUGGACCGCUGCUGGUGCGAUAUUUGGUCCGGCGGACUCUUCGAACCGUUCAACGUUUCGCGCUGGGAAGAAUCGAGUAUCCUUAGACUAGCGAGCCAACUCAAACAGGCGGAGGAAUCAACGGUGCCGGAUGAGGAAACAGAAGAGCCUGAGGUAGUGCUGGGUUCGAAUGCCACCGAGGUGUUGCAAGAGGAUCUUCCUUCACCUGGCCCACCAGCUGCGAGAUACGCUUCGCCGAUCCGUGAGGUUGCAGCCGGUGUGCGGGGCCUUCUCGAUUCGUAUUUCCGAAGAGCUCGAAAAGUUGUAGAGCCCAUUACUAGCUCGCCCGAUACCCUGCUACGAGAGGCACCGGCCUCAGCAGAACCGGUCGCACACUUACCACUGUUUCGGCGCGAAUACGACCUUCGACCGCAAGGGCUCGGGAUAAUUCUUGACUUUGGAUGGACACAUUUGCCGAAUCCUAAAUAAUGCUGGUGUAUCAUACGUACUCUAAUUCAAGAUAGCCUCUGUACAAGUGCGGCCUGCUUCUUGAGCGGGUGAGCCAAGCGCGUUGUCCGCACCCGGGUAUAUUCGCGUCUCGGCAGUGGUGACAGCUACUUACAUACGUUUUUGCUUUCAACCACAAUCAACUGCAUCGUCCUCUUCUUCCAUGUCUGCCCACUCAUCGGGUGGAUCGACGGAGAACAAGAAACCUCAUACUCGCCCGGCUCUGGAUCCAUUGGUUGCGGGAACGUCAAGCUCCGGCCCUAGCAAACUCGAGCUUGUUCAGAACGCACUUUUUGCCCGGUUCUCGCACAAGAAACAUGAUUCCACGAAAAUUCUGUCCGACUUGGCCCCGGUCAUUAUGACGCCGCGCAUGAUAAAUUCGGCUGCCAACGCUUCCCUCCGUCGCCAAACCAUUUCCCCCGCAGCAAACUCGCAACCACGCCCGUCUGUCGAUUUCGCGACCCUCGGCCGCGCGCCGCUGCGACUUGGGCUGGGGUCCCGGCGGAUCACUUCGGGAGACCUGCAAAUCGUUGAGGCGACGGACGAGCUGCUACUGAGCGAAAUCCCGGAGCCAGACGGUGUCGCGUCGGACGUCAGUCUUCUGCGGGGUUUCAAUGCGACGAUUCCGAGUGCGGAGCAGGGCCGUGUCCGCAGGCGGCAGAUGCGUAACGUCGAUACGCCGAGGCUGGGACUCAAGCGGCUAGGGAUGAGUGCACGCGGGUUGCUUGCGGAGGAAGAGGACGGGGAGCAUGACCACGAUGGGCAGAGUGUGACGAGUGAGGACGAUGUGGUUGUUGUGCAGCCUGGCAAAGGCAAACGUCGGGGACGGGAAAGCCUGAGCAGCGCGAAGAUCCUUGGCAAGGACGAGCUCACUCGCCAGACGAAAGAAAUCCUACGCGACAAGGAGAACAUCCAUGUGCGAAGGAGUUUAAUAAAUAACGAAAUCGCGGAAAUAACGAGCAAGAUUGCUGCGUUGGAUGGCAUCAGGGCGAAGCUGGAGCAAAAUCUGCUCAAGCUCCAUGAAGACGAGCUGGAAUUGGAAGAUGAGCUCGUGGGAGUCAAAGAGAGGUUAGAGUACGAGCAAUCGCAACAGCGUGCUCAGCAACAACAUUCUGCCCUCCCCGCACAUCCAAACCACGCGUCUCGACGCAGGAAGGGCCCUGCCUUCUUGCCAUCUGAACAUGAUGAGCUCCCGCCCGGCGUUGCGUUUAUGACCCUGGAAGGUCACUCAACCCCAAUAACAGCGCUCGAUCUCUCGGAGCCCUAUGGCACCCUUGUCAGCGCGUCGCAGGACGACUCUCAGCCUCGUGUCUGGGAUCUGUUCUCUGGGACUGAAAUCGGUCGCUUACGAGGGCACACUGAUGCGGUCAAAUGCCUUCAGGUCGAAGAUACAACCUGUCUGACUGGAGGCGCCGACGGAAAUGUGCGAUUGUGGGAUCUGCGUAAGGUGGACACCGACGGGUGGAGCGACGAGGGUGAGCUGGUGACGUUGAGUGAAAUUGCCGAAGAGGAGGAGGAAGAUGCCUCUGGGUUCCAGCGCGACCCUGAUGGGUCGGAGACCAGCCGGAUCCGAGGGCCGGCCAAUGGCGGCGAACGAGAUGGUUGCUGCACACGGGUGUUGGAAGGCCAUACGAAAUCGGUGACGGCGCUGUACUUCGAGGAUGACUGUCUUGUCACCGGCGCUUCGGAUAAGACACUUAGGCAGUGGGAUCUCACCACCGGCCAGUGUGUGAUGACGAUGGACAUUCUUUGGGCCAUGUCGCAUCCUCCGAGGGCACCCGGUGGACUACCCACCGGGCUUUUCUCGGAUAUAGCUCCCUCUGUCGGGACCUUUGCCGUGCCGAUGCCAGCGUUCGCGGAUGGGACAUGGGAAAUGUACGAAGACUUUGUUGGCGGCGUGCAGUUCUGGGGCUAUGGACUGGUCAGUGGCAGUGGUGAUGGGGCCGUCAGAAUGUGGGACAUGCGAACCGGACAAGCUCAUCGGACUCUUCUCGGUCACACCGGUGCAGUGACUUGUCUACAGUUCGAUGAGAUCCACAUCGCCAGCGGCAGUCUGGACAAGACCGUUCAAGUCUGGGAUCUGCGGACUGGCGGGACCUUGGAAACUCUCAAGUACGACCAUGCCGUCACGGCACUCCAGUUCGACACACGGAAGAUCGUGGCUGCAAGUGGGGAAAACGGAAUCAAGGUGUAUAACCGAACGAGCCAGCAGUAUUCGACCUUGCAGACAAAUGGGCAUCUCCGGCCUGUAGAACGACUGCGAUAUAUGGACCGGUACAUGGUCUCUGGAGGACGGGAUGCCACAGUCAAAAUCUGGUCUUUAUAGAGGACAAUCUAAGUACCAUACAAAAUCGUAAUACGUGCCAGAAAACAAUACAAAUCUUGGUGUCCACCAGGAUCUAAA